CAUAGACUGUAUAAAAUAGUUGGUUACAAUACCAGGGGCACCAGUUAAAAUAUUGCCUAGGGCACCAAGUCGGUUAGGGCCGGCUCUGCAUUGUAGUAUAUGUAACACACAACGACAGAGAGACAGACCAAACCUCUGUCGCCCCCUGUUGAAAGCAGCUCCCCCUACAUCUCUCAUUGAUUGGCCGUGAUACAAACUAUCCGCCUCUUGUCGCUGUUGUCUCCUGCGGUGUGCGGUGAAGCCAGCCAAAGAGCACUAAAAUGGCGCUUACUUCUCAAGGAACAAAGAAAAAAGUUUGCUACUACUAUGAUGGUGAUGUUGGAAAUUAUUAUUAUGGUCAGGGGCACCCCAUGAAGCCCCACAGAAUCCGCAUGACCCAUAACUUGUUGCUCAACUAUGGCCUGUACAGAAAGAUGGAGAUCUAUCGUCCACACAAAGCCAGCGGAGAGGAGAUGACCAAGUAUCACAGUGAUGAUUACAUCAAAUUUCUUCGCUCAAUCCGGCCGGACAACAUGUCUGAGUACAGCAAACAAAUGCAAAGAUUCAAUGUGGGAGAGGACUGUCCGGUGUUUGAUGGCUUGUUUGAGUUCUGUCAGCUCUCAGGUGGAGGCUCCAUUGCUGGUGCAGUUAAGUUGAACAAACAGCAGACUGACAUUGCCAUCAACUGGGCUGGAGGGCUGCAUCACGCUAAGAAGUCUGAGGCCUCAGGCUUUUGCUAUGUCAAUGACAUUGUACUGGCUAUUCUGGAGUUACUGAAGUACCACCAGCGAGUCCUGUACAUAGAUAUCGACAUUCAUCAUGGGGAUGGCGUGGAGGAGGCUUUCUACACCACAGACCGUGUUAUGACCGUUUCAUUCCACAAGUAUGGAGAGUACUUUCCUGGAACAGGCGACCUAAGGGACAUUGGUGCAGGGAAGGGGAAAUAUUACGCUGUGAAUUACCCACUGAGGGAUGGAAUUGAUGAUGAGUCCUAUGAAGCCAUAUUCAAACCUAUAAUGGCCAAGGUGAUGGAGAUGUACCAGCCCAGUGCAGUGGUUCUGCAGUGUGGAGCCGACUCUCUGUCAGGAGACAGGCUUGGUUGUUUUAACCUCACCAUUAAAGGUCAUGCAAAGUGUGUGGAGUACAUGAAGAGUUUCAAUCUGCCACUUCUAAUGCUGGGUGGUGGAGGCUACACCAUCCGCAAUGUUGCACGCUGCUGGACCUACGAGACUGCUGUGGCCCUUGAUACCUCCAUCCCCAAUGAGCUCCCUUACAACGACUACUUUGAGUACUUUGGUCCUGACUUCAAGCUGCAUAUCAGCCCCUCCAACAUGACCAACCAGAACACCAAUGACUAUCUGGAGAAGAUCAAGCAGCGCUUGUUUGAGAACUUGCGUAUGCUGCCCCACGCCCCUGGAGUUCAGAUGCAGGCCAUCCCUGAGGAUGCUGUGCAGGAGGACAGUGGUGAUGAGGAGGAGGAUGACCCCAACAAACGCAUCUCCAUCCGUGCUCAUGACAAGAGGAUAGCAUGUGAGGAGGAGUUCUCUGAUUCAGAAGAUGAAGGCGAAGGAGGCCGCAGAAACACAGCCAGCUUCAAGAAAGCCAAGCGGGCCAAAACCGAAGGAGAGAAAGAGGGCGAAGAAAAGGAGAAGAAAGGUGAAGAGGAAACAAAAGAAGUAAAAGAAGAAGAGAAGGCGCCAGAAGAGGAGAAAAUGGACACAUCAAAGCCAAAAGAAGAGUCCAAGACACCUUGAGGUCCUCAGCAGAUGUUGAUACCAGCGCAAAUGAUCAGGACGGAACCUUUUUUUCUUUUCCAAGCAAAAUAUUUUUGGGUAACUCAUCUUUCCAGGCUGCUGCUGUGGAAAUCCAUGAAGGACUAUACCUUAGUAGUGAGGCCCUCCCUCCCUUUAAAAUAGGACGGGUAUCUAAACAUGAUUUUCUAGGUCACCUUUUCAACCUUUGCUGUUUAUGGACUGAAGUCAGUCAAUGUUUUUUGAGUAUUGUUUUUGUAUGCCUUCUCAUUUUAUAUCCUUUAUCUUUUUAUGCUAUGUCAUUCGCCUUUCCCUUGUGCAACAACUCUGUAAAAAUGGCUUAGUACAUGUAUGCUUUUAUAUAUCUGAUGGAUUUAAUUUAUUUAAAUCAUAGAUAUUUUGGCUACUCUGUUUUGUCUUUCAGUCACACUCUUGUCUUGUCUUUGAAUAUGUAGUUGAAGCAUGUUUAUGCAAUAGAUCUUUUUCUGUAAUACAUCUGUGUCGCUGGUCUUGCCUGCCAAGGUCACCAUAUGUGGUAAAGAGGGUUGUAUGUACCUGAAUACCUAUAAUGUGUCACAGUCAACAUAUAUUACGGUCUUGUAUUUUAGGAUUAUUUUUUCAGUGUAGGACUUUUACUGACACACUUACAUCUUUGGUGAGUUUCUUGGACUCCUGCAUCACAACCAUUGUAGGUGUUGAGUUGCUACCAAUUUUAAAGUUAUCUAAGAAAAUUUUGACUUUUAUGCCCAAUACUACACAGUGCAAGACAGGAAGCAAGAUAUAUGCCAGAACUCAUUUGUUGUAUAUAUUUAUAUUCUGAGACAUGAGUAAUAGUGUUUCACAACAGAGCUUGCAAAUGUCCUAUAAAUCUGACCCUGGUGUGUUGAACACACUCUCAAAACCAAUAAAAAAAAUUGCCCUUAAGAAUUUACAAAGCUUUUUUUCUAUAACGUUAUUGGAUUUCCAAAGUAAGACUACAAACAGUUACUUUCGGUCUCAGGAAGAAGUUUCACAUUUUAAAAAGCAAACCAUUUUAAUACCAAGACAAGUGUAACAGCUAACAGUAUUUUCAAGACAAUAACAGUGUACACACAGAAAAUUGCAUACUUUGGGACCAAACCAACAGCAAUAUUGUUUUACAAAAAGUCCCCCCUCUUGAUAAGAAGGGGAUUAAAAUGCAGUUGCUUUUGCUGGUAAAGUCAAAUGUCGCUUUCAGACAAUAAAUGCAUAACAGAAUACAA